GGAACUUAAUCGUCACACUACGUCGAUAACGCGUAAUCUCGCUUUGCAGGUUUCAAACGCACUAUGCGACGAGAUCGCGAUAAUUUGCCUACCUAGGUAAGCAGAUUUAGACGACUUACGCUAGGUCAACCGUGCCUCAUCAAUGGAUUCUUCUGUGCCGCUUCCUUCUGUUCCUAACUGUGCCUCCGCCCUUCUUUACUUGCAAUAUAUCCGUGCCGUUGUGUACGGCACAGUCGUGGUGCGGCACACAUACGCGAGGGAUGCGACGAAGCGUCAGUACAAGAUUGUGGUGCGAUGUUGUGUGAAGGAUUUAGAUGAGAAAGUGAUAUGUCGGGUACUUGCUCCGAAUCUCUUUGCGUUGCGUUGUAUAGAUUAGGAAGGAGGUUGCAGCAUAUGGAUCAGGGCACGGCUUUGAAUGUCCGGUCGUUGUUGGUUUCAUUGUUCUAGAAUGUUGAGAAAAUAGAAGAGACGGCUUGAGAUUACAUUGAUAUGAUAUCUGAACUUGUGCGCAGGUCCGAGAGAAUUAUGUGAAAGGUGGAUAAUUAUAUGAAAGAUAAAAAAUGGCAGAAUGUUUACGCUGACGACAUAGUUGGUAUACGAGCGCUAAUUCUGCUUGAGGG